AACAGAUCGAUAUGCUCUACUUUCACCAACAUAAUGGAGGACUUUCAGUCACAGGCAGAGUCCAGGGACAACAUUUUCUUAAAACAGAAGAUGUCUCGGGAUUUUGAACAUAAAUAUGGACGUUCUGGAUUUCACCAUCAAUCAUUUGAAGAGGGAGGAUGCUUUGCAUUUCUACGCCAUCGAAAAGUUAUACUGGGUCUUUGUCUGCUGAAUGCUGCUCUGUUGAUAGUUGCUGCCGUCCUUGGGGGUUACUGUGCCAAAGCCAUCAACUUUCAGGUUCCUGUUUCAGCUGCCACGCCCCUCAUCCACGAGAUGAACUAUCUCCGAAACCAAAGCGGUAUCAUCAGAGCCACGCUGGAAGCUAGGACAGCAUUGGCAAAAGAGCGUGCCGGUCAAGUGCAACUAAAGCUGCAAGUAAAGCAGCACAAAAGCAGCCUGGACAGGCUUCAGAAACAGAUAGAGACACUGCGUACAGAGAAGGAACAGCUGCAGUCCAAUAUAACUUCAUUGGAGGAAAACUGUGGCAGAUGCCCAGUCGAUUGGAUUCUUCUCAAAUCCUCCUGCUAUUAUUUUUCUACUAACCAUGAGUCCAACUCCAAAAAGAACUGGCCGGAUAGCAGAGCGGACUGCCACAGUAAAGGUGCAGAGCUGCUGGUGAUCAAUAACUUGGACGAGCAGCAACUCCUCACUACCCAAUUUCCGAGUCAGAGUGGCAUCGGUGAGUGGUGGGAGAAGGGAUUUUGGAUGGGCCUGACUGACGUGGUGACAAAAGGAACAUGGGUGUGGGUGAACAAUGUGACAGAGGUGCUAACAAUGUACUGGAGGAGUGGACAGCCGAGGAGCAGUGGACCUCAGAGUGGGGACUGUGCUGCUUUGUUUUACUUUCCUGACACCAUCAGGAUGUGGUACAAUGGGAACUGCCAAAACCAUCAGUAUAACUGGAUAUGUGAGAAGCAGGCAAGCACAAUAUGAAAUCACAAUAACUGAAGAAAUGAUCUGCAAAUGUGCAAAAACUUUUAAAUAAACAUGCUACAGCUCUACAAUGUUAUUGUCUUUUUAAAAGUUUGAGGUUUACUACAGGUAUCUGUGUGCUGUUCUAGCAUAUACAAAAUUAGAUUUGCCACAGAAAUUUUUAUGAAACUCUUUUUGACAUGUUUGAUGUCCCACCCUGUACCUUUUAACUCUGAAUAAACAAUGAAAUCAGACUGUUGUCAGGAAUUGAAACUUCUCUCCAAAUUGCCUCACGACCCUGUAAAUAUUUAACAAAUGAUCUGGAUUUUGUGUUUGUGAUGUUACACUCGUGCUCUCACACAGGGCAAUGUCCUAACAAAUAAUCUCUCCUGGACAAACACAUCAGUCUGCCUUAGUCUUUGCAGUAAAAAUGGAGGACAGAGAAAAUUCAAGUGGGACUUUUGGUGGUGGUUUUAACAGACUGAUUAGUCAAGAUGAAGUCAGUGCAGACGACAACACGCUUGACUCAAACCAGGAGAAGCAACAAGUGUCCAUGUCCAUGAUGGGACCUAGAUCCAGUUUGAAUCAUUACAAAGUGCUCACAGGAAGCCUGGCUGUGCUCGCUGUCAUUCUUCUAGCUGCUGAUAUCGGCCUUGGGGUCUAUUAUUAUAAACUUACUGAUGGGUUCCAUUUAGUCACGGACAUCAACAGUGAGCUGGCUAAACUGCAUGCUUCUUACAACACUGCCAUCCAGAAAAGGGAUGAAGCCAAGAAAGAGCUGGAAAAAGCAACCUCUGAACAUCAGGUUAUGAAGUGGGAGCUCGAACACCAGAGCAUAACAUGCAAAACAUCUGAAAAAGAGGCUGACAAACUUCAAACUGACGUUGUAACAUUGAGAUCACACCUGCCAAUGCUUAAGGAGGGCUGUAGACACUGUUCAGCAGGAUGGACUUACACAACCUCAAGGUGUUACUACUUCGCUUUCUCCAGUACCCUUAUACGCAGAACGUGGCAGGACGCAAGAGACUUCUGCAGGAAGCAAGGAGGCGACUUGGCAGUGAUAGACAGCAGAGAAAAAAACCUGGCAUUAACUGAGCUGAUUAGGGCUUAUAAUAAAGAAAAAGCUAUGUUCCAGAGUGGUUUUUGGAUUGGACUGAGGGAUGUGGAUGAGGAAGGGAAUUGGAGAUGGCUGGAUGGGACACCUCUGACUGUCAGCUUCUGGAACACUGGAGAGCCCAACAAUCAGGGAAAUGAGGACUGUGCAGCUACAUAUCCAAGAGAUAACCCCUUCUUUUCCUGGAAUGACGCUCCAUGCAGUCACCAUCUGAAAUGGAUUUGUGAAAUGGCACCAAGGUUUAACAAUUAAUGGUUGUGCUCAAUAAAUACAUUUUUGGGAAAGUGAUCCAAAGAAUUAACACUGUCUCGAUAAAAAUACUCUGAAAUAUUAUUUUUAUUUUUUGUUUAUAUUUGUUGAGACUACAAAAUGACAGGCUAAAAAGUACAUCAGAUUGUUGAAAUAACCUAUAAAAUGUAAGUUACUUCCUUUUUUGUAAUAAAUAAAAUCUUUAAAUUAACAA